AACUUGUCAAAAGGACAUGGUGAGGCUGCUUAGUCUUCGGCGCUUCGCACGAGCCAAGGCAUUGUUCCCACGGGUCGACUGCAUUCUGUUCGGGCCGGCUUCUCGGGGACUCUGCGUCAACAUCCCCGACUCCCUUCCAUUCCUUGCUGGUACAGUACAGGGGUAAGCCUCCUCGCUAUGUAACAAAUUGCUCAGCCCACUACCGCAAAAUGCCCCAUUGCCGGCGCCCGCAGUCUCAGAAAGACAAGAUUGAUGACCAAUCUCUGCGCUCACUAUCGAGAAACGUUUUCGGCGCGUCUGAACAUCAGUGUAUAUAAGUCAGUUUCAAGCCAGUCCCAAAGAUUCUAGCAUGUCCCUCGUUGUUGUCACUGGAGCCUCUGGGUUCUUAGGAUCUGUAAUCAUAGACCAGCUGCUUGAAGCUGGUUAUAAGGUCCGAGGAACUGCUCGAUCCUCUAGAGCCUCUCGCGUGCAGGCUGCAUACGCGUCUUUUGGAAGUCAAUUUGAGGUGACCGUGGUGGAAGAUCUGGCCACUUCUGACCUGACGGACGCCUUUCGAAAUGCUGAUGCCCUAAUACAUGUCGGUUCGCCUUUGUCCAGCGGAGGAGAGGCGGCCUUCAUUUUAAAGACUGCUAUUUCCGGCACGGAAAGGGUCUUAGAACAUGCCGCCGCGGCCGGCGUCAAGAAGAUCGUCGUCACCGCGAGUAUCGUUUCCCUAAUACAUCCCAAACUCGUGUUCACGAAUGUCACGGUCGACGCAAACGAUUGGAAUACCCAAACGUACGAGGAUGCUCUCAAGCCAGAUGCGACGCCUUUCGAGGUGUAUAGUGUGGCCAAAAAGACCGCAGAAGAGGCUGUGUGGAAGUUUGCCAAAUCCCAUCCUGAGAUUGAUGUCGCGACUGUACACCCACCUUACUUAUACGGUAUCCCGGGUCGUGGCCAAGCCAUCGACGCCCCCGCUAGCGGUACAAACCACCACAUCUACAAGCUCAUCUCCGGUCCAAAAGGUCGCCCUCUGCCUCCUCCCCUCAAUCCCAGUUUCGCGAACGUCGCGGAUGCAGCACGUGCUCAUGUCACUGCUUUGAAGGUACCCCCCUCUGACAAGCUAAAGCGUAUCGUCCCAGUCGGAGGUAGAUUUACGUGGAAACAGGCGGCUGAAUACCUCGCCAAGGCAAGGCCCGAACUCAGAGAGAGGUUGCCUAUAUUCGAUGGUCCGGAGCAGGUGACUGCAGCUGCUUCAUUUGACUCUAGCAGCGCGGCUCGUCUGGUCGGAUUGGACGAGUACAUUGGCUGGCAAGAAACACUGGAGACUACGAUCGAUCACUUAUUGAAGAGGGAGAAAGACUUGGGAAUAGCCGUGUAACAUAAUCUACGCGCAUGAUACAAUAAUCAAUCGUCUUCGAAUCU